CCAGAAUAAUGAAUCUGUCCAUGAGCCCUACUUGCAUGCAUGUGAAAUAACCAAUCAUCACCCAUCUGGAGGCGAUUUCGGCUUCCGGGUUGCAGGACAUUGCAUGUGGGAAGCGAAUCGCACGCGCUCGCAGCGUGCAGCAGAAUCUCUGUUACUACAGACAGCCAAAGUGUGUGAGAUCUGAUCAUGCCGACAGUCAGUCAGAAUGCUCUGUUCGGGAUGGGGAAUCCGCUGCUGGACAUCUCUGCCGUGGUGGAUAAGGAUUUUCUUGAUAAGUAUGGCUUGAAGCCCAAUGAUCAGAUUCUGGCAGAGGAGAAACAUAAAGCUCUGUUUGAUGAGAUUGUGAAGAAGAGUAAAGUCGAAUAUCAUGCCGGUGGAUCCACACAGAACUCUGUCAAAAUCGCUCAGUGGAUGAUCCAGGAGCCGCAUAAGGUGGCCACGUUCUUCGGCUGUAUAGGCACGGAUCACUUCGGCGAGAGACUGAAGCAGAAAGCGGCUGAAGCUCAUGUUGACGCUCAUUAUUAUGAACAGAGUCAAGAACCGACAGGAACCUGUGCAGCCUGCAUUACUGGAGACAACAGGUCUCUGGUUGCAAACCUGGCAGCAGCAAACUGCUAUAAUAAAGAGAAACAUCUGGAUGUUGAUAGGAACUGGAGUCUGGUGGAGAAAGCGAGAGUUUACUACAUUGCAGGCUUUUUCCUGACCGUGUCUCCAGAGUCCAUCUUCAAAGUGGCCAAACACACGUCUGACAACAACAAGAUCUUCGGUCUGAACCUCUCAGCUCCCUUCAUCAGCCAGUUCUUCAAAGAGCCGCUGAUGAAGGUCAUGCCGUAUGUUGACAUCAUCUUCGGGAACGAGACGGAAGCUGCUACAUUUGCAAAGGAACAGGGCUUUGAGGUGAGUGAAAAAUACUGUAAUGCCUUUUUGCACACUGAACACAAAAGAAGAAAUGAUCAUUUUUGGAUGGACUGCUCCUAUAACACUCUCUCAGUACCAUCUCAACAAUUUCCAAUGCGGAAUCUUUCCAUCUCAUUUGUUUUUGUUCUGAAAUUCCAGAAACACAACCUGCGUGCCUCUGCAUUCGUUUACAUGUCUUUCCUGUUAAAACGGGCAUUUAUCAGGAUUGCGACGACCACAUAUAUACACGCCGAUGAUUUUGUGUUAAAGUAGUUUUUCUUCCAUCUGUUUUUAUGCUACAUUGCAAGAACAUUUCUAUAUUUAAUCUAUUAUAUCCUUUUAAGUAAGUGCAUUUAUAUGUCUCAAAAAUAAUACAAGUAAAAUUAAAGUAACAGGAUUAUAUAAUAGGUCAUGUCUUUCAGGUCAAUAUUGUUACUUUGAAAUACCAAAUUGUAUCUUAAGCGCACAAUCUUUAAAUAUGUAUAAGUUGUAUCUGAUGUGGGAAUUUUGUUUCCUCUUUCCACUUCUGGAACAGGACCGUUCAACUGACCACUUUAAUAAAAAGAUUUUAA